AUGCCUUUAAAGAUGGAUGGAGACCCAGGCUACGGCAGCCUUGUGGGCCCGGGGCUCAGCCUGUCAGGCAGUCUGGAGGGCUCAGAGACCCUCCCUCUACUAAUCCCAGAAGCUGCGCCAGAUCUAAAUACCUGGAAGCCCAUGAACAGAGAACAGCUGGAGGCCGUCGCUGGUGGGCCAGGCUGGAGAAAGUUCCGCUCUCGUCUGGUCUUGCUUUUCUGGCUGGGGUGGCUGACCAUGCUGGGUACUGCCAUCGCAGUGGUCAUUCAGAGCCCACGGCCUGUGGCCACCCCACUACACUGGUGGCAGAAAGAGCUCUUUUACCGGCUGCAGCCAGCUCUGUUCCUGGAUGUAGACAACACAGAGUCCAGUGCUAUUAGCAAGGUAUCUGACAGGCUCGACUACCUCCGGUCUCUGGGGGUUGGGGUGAUGAUUUUGGAGGGUUUGUUCAGGCAUGAUGUUUCCCCACCCAACCUGACUGAGAUUGACCAGCGACUGGGCACUUUACCACAGUUUUACCAGCUCAUCACAGACUGCCAUAAAGCAGGUGUAAGAAUCAUCCUGGACCUCUGCAACCUGGAUCUGCUUAACGGACCUGAGUUCAGUAACAAGACGGAGAUGUUAUCUGAUUCAUCUGUCCAGGACUCAUUAAGAUACUGGCUUGUGUUAGGGGUGUCAGGAUUUGGAAUCUGUGAUACAGACUCUGCCUUUUCUGAAAAGACACUGACAGAAUGGAGAGGACUUGUUGAAGAGUUCAACAUUGAGUACAAUGAAAGGAUUGUGAUGGUGAAGCAAACAGGUGAUUCCUCCUCAGCACUCAACGCAUCUAGGCCAACAGUGAACAGCUCUCUGGUGGAUCUGGUCUCAGAGUCUUUGCUCCCCUCGUCCUUCUACCAGUUAUCUGCAGCUAAGCUAGCUGAAGCCAUGGAGACCAGGCUGAAGACACUGCAGGGAGAAUGGUCAAGCUGGACAGUGGACAGGCCUAUAGCCUGGGAGCUACAGAAAGUCUUCAUGGUUUUGAUAAUGACCCUACCAGGAACUCCAAUUAUCAGAUAUGGUGAUGAGAUUAGCCAGCCUGUGAAUCAGAUCAAAUCGAGGCGCUCCACUUCGCUCUUCCAGUCUCUGAGUCGCACUCGUUUUCGUGAAGAAGCACUUCUUUUUGGCACCUUUACCUUUCUCCCUUUCAACAGCUCUGCCCAAUCUAACUCCUCAGCCACGCCCCCUCUAGCCUUCCUGCGCUCCUGGGGUUGCGUUCAUGUCCUGGUGUUGUUUAACCUGGGUUCAGAACCUCAGUCUCUGGACCCUAACUGGGCCCCCAGCCUCCCUGAAGAAGGAGUGUUUGUGACCAGCACGGGUCUGGACCGUCUCGGGGCUGUGUCCCUUCAGUCCAUAAAGCUCCACCCACAUGAGGCCAUUGUCAUUAAACUGUUUGAACCAGACAACUAUUUCUGAGAGGAUGCAUGAAGCUCCAGUGGAGAAUGAGUGGUGUCAGGA